UGUAGACAUAUCUGGGCCGACAUGGAACCCCCCAAAAAUAUUGUCAAGAUUGCCGUGCAGAUGAUGGGCGCAUACCCGCAGCUGAUUGAGCUCAAUCAGAGCAAACCUCUGUCUGCAGUGCUGAAGGACGUGUGCGACGCGUGGAAUAUCAGUAAUUCAGAACAGUAUGCCCUUCAGUAUGUGGAUGGACAUCAGGCAUACAUCACUGAGCUGAAUAGAAUGGAAAUAAAGAACGGCAGCAUCCUGAAACUGACCACAUCCCCGGACAAAGAAGCCGGCAGUCUGUGCAAUGGCGUCCAGAGUCACAACCAGGAUGUGAGAUCAGAGUCUCUGAAGAAACUGGCUACCUUGUCCUGUGAUGUCACAUUUGCCCAGGAAUUCAUCAGCCGUGAUGGACUCAGUAUUCUGUCCAGGACGGUGGAAGAGCAGAAAGAGCCUGGAGAGGUAAUGUGUCACACUCUGAAAGCCAUUGCUGAGCUGAUGGAACAUGGCUUUGUGUCCUGGGAAACAUUCAGCACAACCUUCAUUCACAAGGUGGUGACAUUCGUGAAUAUGAAUCUGAUGAUGGUGGAGAUUACGCAGCUGGCUCUGGACAUCCUGGAGAGCGUAUUGCAGAGUAACACCAAGCUCGGAGAGAUGGUCACACAGGAAGUUCCUCUGGAGAGACUCUUUACCCUUUUCACGCUGUAA